UUUCCUAAGUUCUGAGGAGAUAUGUAGACGAUGCGUUAUGCGAUUAAAGCCGCUUUUGAAAUGGAUUUCCUUCGCAUCCGUCAUAGUGAUUUCCAGUGCUUACUCUAAAGGCUGGAAUUCGAGUUGGCCAAACAUGCGAUACUUAUCAGAAUCGGAAGAAACACGGAGCGUUUUCCAACUUGGACACAUGAUUCGCUGUCAGACUGGCUGUGAUCCUCUGCGGUACAAAAGAUACGGUUGUUUCUGUGGCUUCAAAGGCGCCGGAAAACCAGUGGACGUUAUAGACAGUUGCUGCUUAAGCCACGACUGGUGCUAUGCUCGCUUGAGUUGUCCGCCUUUCAUGCUCUACGUACUUCGAUACGCUUGGCUAUGCAGGAGGCCUGGUUACGCUCAAUGUAAGGGUGGAAACUAUGCCAGUGAAGCUUACAACCGAUGUGCCUUCCAACUGUGUGAAUGCGAUCGUAUUUUUGCUAAGUGCGUCAGUCAUUUCUCCUGUCCGCAAAGAAAAGCAGUGUGUUGGUCCAAUCCAAUAAUCGCUAUUUCGAACAUGCUUGCAUCACUCACGUGAAGAAAAUUGUCAUCAGAGAAAAGCCAUGCUCUAGUACAAUGCAUCAUCUGAAUCCAGUAUGGACAUUUGAACAAAAACUUGUCAAAGCGUCAUGCCUUUAAACAGUGGCUGUAAUUAAUAUCGUUGCAGUGAAAGAAGCAUGAACAUGAAAAAGAAACUUACUCGUACAGUCCUGUAAUCAAAAGUCAGAAUGAAAACGAACCUCCCUUUUCUCACUUGACAAACAGCUUAAAUUUAGAAGAAAGCUGUCUUCAUAAUAUGAUCGAAGUCACUUUUUACCAUAUAAAUAUAAGAAUAUUUCUCCUCGGUCAUCCUUGCAUUAUGUAAAAUGUCUCUAUAAAAUAUCAAGAGUCAUUAUCACACGUUUAUUUGUAAUCCCAACAGUCAUUUCAUCUUUUCUUUCAGGAUGACCAUUUCGAAACUUCGACGAAUAAUAAAGUAUAUCGGUACAGGCACAUUAUUUUGAAAACUCUUUUGUAAAAGUAUUGAACCACAAUAUUCCUUACAAUAAGAAUAAGAAUUCGCGUUUGUUUGAUUAUACUAAAAUAAUUUUGUGCUGAGUUCUAACGAUGUUUAUAUGGAUGUCGAUUAGUAAAGGAUAUUGGUAAAUACGAAUAUUUUAAAGAUAAAUGCAGGGGUACCUCCGUAUACGUCCGCUUUGAAAUAUGUGCAACUUCUACACAUCCUGUUUGGAUACGAAAAUAUCUGUUUGCUAUACGACACAAGUUCGAUGAGUCACGACUGCGGGUCCUGCAUUUUCUUGGCUCUUUCGAAACAAUGCUACAUUUGCCCAUGAGCGUCAGUAGGCCUGUUGCAAUUAUUCACUAAAAAGCCCCCCUCCCAUUAUAACUCUCUAUUUUCAACUGAUUUUUGUGUCUUAUCACGUUAAUAUUUUUUAAAUUAAUUAACAAUGAGUUUUAAGAAACUCAAUGAGAAGAGUUAAGCAACGAAGAAAAUUAUUAGGAUCGCCAUGGAUGUGAAAAAAACAUUGGUGAAAAGUAUGAAGAUAGCAUGCAUAUCUGGGGCUUGGCUACUGCGUAUGUUAUGCCGAGUACAAUGGUUGUCGACGAUUAUGGAAAACAAAGACGAGCUAACGUCGAGAAAGAGGGGAAAUCGAUUACCAAAGAUAAGAGAUGUUGGAUCGUACUGAAAAAUUGCUUUCGAUCUGGAAGUGUGGAAAUGCACUUAUAUACAGUAUAUAUUACAUAUUAUACGUACUAUAUUUGAAUUUUAAUGUUAAACAGUGUUACAAUAAUAGCAAUUUAUAGGAUUUUUUUAUAAAAACAGAUUAAUUACUUUCCCUCUAUUUUUUAUUCGAAAAAUUCGUACAGUCCGUACGGUAGAUGUCCAAGAGCCUGGAACAGAUUAAUGGAGUAUAACCGAAGUUCCACUGUACUUAUUUUCGAAUUAAAAAAGUGAAUCAUUUAGAGGAUUUAAAAAAAUCAAUAACAGAUUUAUAUGCCUGCUUUAGAAGUAACUAAUGAUUUAAUUCGGAGCGAGAAACCAUUUUAUUAAAAAAGUAAAAAUCUAAAUCUAAGUAAAGUUUGAAAACUAGUUCAUUCAAACCUAACUAUUCAGCUACGUAAUUAUAUACCCGGCUAUCUCAUUACUUAAUUUCAGUUCAAAAACAUUUUGGAGAUUUUGAGUAAACAUAGCAUCAUCACUUCCGGAUUUUCUCUUUUCUGCGGUUUCGAAUUCGUAUCUAAAGUGUUUAAGAAACCCGAGUUACAUAAUAUGCCAUUUUAAGAACAGCAUUAAUAGUAGUACUGAUAAAAUAAAUAUUAAUCAAACUCUUUUCUACGGAAAAGUAUGGGAACAGCAUUUACAAAUAACAUUUAUAUUUAAAUUAACUUUACAAGUACUACACUUGGGCUGCUAUACUGUUGACGAUCAAUGCUUCGAUACAGCUUUGGAAGAUAAAUGGGAAGAACUUAUGACUGUGAACUGACAAUUCACAAAGCAAAAUGAAGGAUUAAUGCAGGAAAGUGAAAACGAAUGGACAGCGAUGAGGUUAACGUGACAUAAUACUUGCACACAUGAAAAACGAAAUAAAAAAAAAAAAUUAAAAAAUCUGAAAGGUUUUACAUUUUAAAUUACGUCUAAAAGUUUUUUUUUUUUUUUUUUUUUUUUUUUUUUUUU